GGUUUGGUUCUCGUGGAUGAAAAGCGAAGGGCAGCUUCAGGCUUGGCUGUAUUCAGUUACUCAGACAAUAAUGCCAUUGGGGUGGGCUGAAGUAUCUUGUGUGAUUGGUGUUCAGUGUGCCCUGCUUUUCUCCCAAACCAUGGGAGAGCUGUGAUCACUCCUCAGACUACAGCCCAGGGAAGGGAGGGCCCCUACAUGCAACGGGCCUUGCCUGGUCAUUGGGCCAGUCAUGGGCUAGAGUUGUGGGAUGGUCUGAUCCACCAGGACUUAUCAAGCCUCUAAUCCACGAAGGGAUUACAGCUCUUUCAGGAAAUAGUAUGGGUUUUCCCCAGAGGAAGGGAGACCAGAGACAGAUACAACAGGUGUACAUCAGCUAUCUUCCUGGAUGAUGAGCGAUUGUGCAAAAAGUUUGGCAACUAGAUUCUAUUUAUAAAACAGAAACAGCUUUAUUUUCCUCCCUAUGAGCAUUUAUUGGGCACUUAUUAUUUAUUGGGCCAGGCCCUGGUGGUGAAACUCGUUCCAUUUCACAACAGCCCGGAAGAGAUGAUUCUCCCAUUUCGCAGAUGGGAAUAUUAAGGCCCUCAGAGGCCCAGCGCUUCAAAAUAGUGGACUCCCGUUUCCCUGGGAGUGGAAAUGGGCCACACGGCGGAGACAGAGGCGUUAGCUGUUAAUUGAAGCUUUACACAGUGUCCAGGCUGUGCUCGUCCACGGAAGCCCCCUUGGGCGAAACGUUUUGGGAGACCUAAUACCCUGUGGGCAUCUCCAGGCCCUGGGAGGCAGCGCCACACCCUCCUUCAGGGAGAGUUCGCGGGUUUCCCUGCUUUUGACAGGAGAUAAUGACACACUUGGUGGCCUCCACCCGCCCCGGCCUUAUCAGCGGCCCCAAGCCCUGCUUGAGCGCCACUCGGUGUCAUGGUCCCCGUAGGCGCUAGAGCUCGAGAACCCCAAUGUGGACGCCGGUGCGGCGCAGGUCGGCUUGGCUGGGGACACUGCGCGGCGCCGUCCCACGGACACCCGAGGCGGGGGGCGGGGCGGCGCGUGCGCACAAGGCCGUGGCGGGAAAUUGGAACUCGGCGGGCAGGGCCGUGGGGCUCCGGGACAGACCCAGCAUGGACGCGGCGGCCCGCCUGGCCCAGCGGCUUCGGGCAGCGUUGCGGGAGACGGAGCCGCGGGCCGUGGAGGAGCUGCUGAGCCGCGGCGCCGACCCAAACCUGCUGCUAGCGGAUGGCGCGGCAGCCGUGCACUUGGCGGCGAGAGCCCGCCACCCGCGCGGUCUGCGGUGUCUAGAAGCCCUGCUGAGCCGAGGCGGGGACGCCAACGCUCGUUCGGUCGAGGCACUGACGCCGCUGCACGUGGCUGCCGCCUGGGGCUGUCGCCGUGGCCUGGAGCUACUGCUGGGCCACGGAGCGGACCCCGCGCUGCGAGACCAGGACGGAUUGCGGCCGCUGGACCUGGCAGAACAGCAGGGGCACCAUGAUUGCAUGCGACUCCUUCGGGAGUUUCAGACUCGCACCCAGAUCUCGACCCCGACCCGGACAGAGAGCCAGGAGCCUGAGCUUGAGCCCGAGCUUGACGGCCCAGACCCCUGGGGAAAGGGGUUGGACACCAGGCCCUCUGGACCUCCCAGUGUGACGCCGGCCUCCACAGCACUGGGCGGAAGUGUUGGCAGGGACAUGGGCCUGGAAGCCAGCCCCAGACUCCCCAGCCUCCUUGCUCACCCUGAGAUUGCUGACCAGGAUAGCGGCUUGGAGCAACCCCCAGGACAAUGGGACUACAGCUCAGAUAGCUCCUUCGUCACCGCGAUUGAAGCUUCUGGAACUGAAGACCCAGCCCCACAUACCUCCUCCUGGGCUAGGUCACUACCCCAGACCAAGCAGGGAUUCCUGCCUGGUAUUCGACCUUCCCAGAGAAUGCCCAGGUCUCCAGGUACCUCUCCACUGGUGCAUCGAACUGCCAGAGCAGACAGGGAGGCAGAACUAAAUACCCGUCUUCAGGCCCUGACUCUGACCUCUCCAGAUGCCUCCCCCUCCCACAUAUCCCUCCCGGAUGGGAGCUCUGCCUCAAGCCCCCCUCAGGAAUCACCGCCAGGACUCCCCAACUCCCGCUUCCUAAAAGAUGGAGAGGUGUCCCUCGACAGUGAUGUGGCUGCCCUCUGGCUGACGGAGGACGAGGGGAGCUCCACAGGUGACAGGGACCCCAUCCCCUCUUGCUGGUGCCCUCUGGUCCCUGUGGUGUCUGACCUGGAUUUGCUGCGAGGGCUCCGAGCGCUUGGCGAGAGCCCUGGCCCCAUCACACCCUUCACUCGGCCGUACUACCUCCGGCAGCUGGAAGAAACCCGUGCUGCUGCUCCCGACUUUGCAGGGCGCAGCCCAGAGCUGGCCGAAGCCCUGCGGACAGGCUGUAUCCCAGAUGCCCAGGCAGACGAGGAUGUACUGGCCCAGCAGUUUGAGCGGCCAGAUCCCAAGAGCAGGUGGAGGGAGGGGCUCGCGAAGUCCAGUUUCACGUAUCUGCUAUUGGACCCCAGGGGGACUGGCCCUGUCUGGAUACAACCUUCUGUAUAUAGAAAAGGUUGGUUAGACCCAGUUCAAGCUGCUGAGUAUCCCUGGGGAGCAUCCGCCACUCUCUGCCUUAGAAAAUGGGGCUCACUGGACAUGGAUUCCGGUUGCUCUGUGAACUUAGAAACUGUCUCUGGGGCAACUGUCCUCUCUGAGCAACUUCCCUCAUCCAGGGAGACUCAGGACCUGCCAGCUCGCGCCUUCUCACUGACCCCAGCUGAACGCCUUCGGACCUUUGUCCGUGCCAUCUUCUAUGUGGGGAAAGGGACACGGGCCCGGCCAGAUGUCCACCUCUGGGAGGCCCUCAGGCUCCAUCGGCAGCCAGGAAAACAGGCCUGCCCCAAAGUGCGCCAGAUCUUGGACAUUUGGGCCAGUGGCCGUGGUGUGGUCUCCCUGCAUUGCUUCCAACACGUGGUUGCUGUGGAGUCUUAUACUCGAGAGGCUUGUCUCGUGGCUGCUCUAGGGAUCCAGACACUGACGAACCAGAAACAAGGACACUGCUACGGAGUCGUGGCGGGCUGGCCAGCCACCCGGCGCCGGCGCUUGGGGGUACACCUGCUGCACCGCGCCCUCCUUGUCUUCUUGGCUGAGGGUGAGCGAGAGCUGCGGCCGCAGGACAUCCAGGCGCGUGGCUGAGUCCCAGGGGAGCUAGCCCCUAGCCUAGGUAGAGAUCAGGGUGUUUGAAUGUCUGCCCCGUGGUGACGGCAGCCACCCAUCUCCAGAAGGCUGCCAGGGGGUAAGGGGUGGGCGGGCAGCGACCUGUAUCUUCCCCUCCAGCUGAGGGAGGACUUUGUUACAGAUGGAACUUCUGAAGCUUCCCAUCAUGGGAGAACAAGUAGGGAACCCAAGGAUCUCUGGAACAUUCCAGGGCUUCAGAAGGUGCUAGUGCUUUGGCAGUUUUGUCCUGUCUUUGUGAUCCACUUUUAUCUCCCAGACACAGGGACUCACCUGUGGGAUGGGCUGGGGAAAUUGGCCAAGAUCAAGAGAGAUUUCUCUGCUUCCCAGCUAUGGGACCUCGGACCAAUAAUGUGUCUCUCUGAGACUCCCGUUUCCUUAGCUGUACAGUGGGGACAAUGACAAGUCCUACCUCAGGGGGUCAUGGUGGAGACGGGAGUAAACAAAGGCAGGACAUACAGUGUGGGGCACAGAACCCUGCAGGUGGGAAAUCUCCCGGAAGGGAGGCGCCCUGACUGUUGAGGGGCCGACUGUGUGUGGUGAGCUGUGGACAGAGCCCGGGAGGGCGACUGGGGUAUGGGUGAGCGAGCAGCUCUCUUCGGGGUAGCUGUGCUACUCGGGUCUCCCUUGCUUCUCUGAGACUGUUUCUUCCCGCUAUAAGAGGCAAUAAAUAACUGAUUUCCUGGGAAUGCUAUGCGAUUUCAGACUUCCCAUAUGUUAAGAGUUUUAGUAAAUGCCAAGCUGCCAUCCUGGUGAGGUGCUGACGGGAUCGUUUUAUUUUCUGGAAGUUGCUUCUUAAAAGCAUUUAGUGUAUUUAGAGAUCUGGGAGGAUCCGCCGUCUCAUUGGGUUGACCAUCUGCCCAUCAUCUUGGCUCAGCCAACCAGGUCCUGCAGGGGGCGGGUGUAACCGUUGCUCCUUCCACCUGCUUCAGUUCCUGGAGGCAGAGCUCCUGGCUACUCUUGGGGAAUGGCUGGUAUGGUAAUUAGGGGCCUGGGCUCUGAAGUGGGUCUGGGCUCUACCAUUUUAUUUAUUUAUUUUUUAAAGAUUUUAGUUGUUUAUUUAAAGAGAGAGAACGCGCGCUAGCUGUGGGAGGCACAGAAGGAGAGAGAGCAUUUCAAGCUGACUCUGUGUUGAACAGGAGCCCCCUAUGGGGUCUGAGCCCAGGACCCUGAGGUCAUGUCUUGAGCUGAAAUGAAGUCUGACCCUUAACCGACAGAUCCACCCAUGCGCCUCUGGGUUCUACCAUUUUGACCAAACUGAGGACAGUUCUCUGAACUUCCCUUUCCUCAUGUAUAAGACUGGGAGGCUCGCAGACACCAAGUCUCUUGAUAAAGUGAUAGCAAUUAAAAGUGUGCCAUGUGCCCAGGAAUUCACAGAGAAGUCACUGGGAAAGAAUCCAGACACCCCCACCCCCCACAAAGAAAGAGAGAUGAGAUUUGUCCAACAGAAUUUCCCAGUGUGGACCCUACUGACGUUUGAGACCAAAUUAUUCUUUGAGGUAGGGGCCGUCCUGUGCGUAGUUCGGUGUCUAGGCAGCAUCCCUGGGUUCCACCCACUAGAUGCCAGUGGGCUCCGCCCACUUCCUCCCACCCCCAGUUGCCACAAUUAAAAAU